AUGACGGGAGCCAGCAUGUUGCGCACACGCCGGAAGGAUGUCAAUGUCAAGCCAAACCGGAAGUUGGAUCGCAAGUCCUCCCGGGGCAUGCUCUACGAGAACGAAGAGCUAAGAUUGCGCACAAUCAAUAUUAACGCUGAAGUUGAAAGAGGCCAAUCGGACAUAAAGAAGCUGAAGCGGGAGAACGAGCAGCUGAAACGCGAGAUAUCAGCCCUCCGUUACGAGUACGACCGCCUCGAGAGCAUGCUGAGGGAGAGGCGCUCAUCGCCGGAGCACUCGGACGACAGCGUGUCGGUGUGCAGCGUUUGCCCGGAGUGCAUCAGUGUGGACGGAUCUGCCCGCGCUGUCGCCUUCCACGACCUCAGUGUAGUCCCUGAGGAGGGCGAGGAUGGGAACAAGAGCGGCGUCGAAUCUCCAUGCACUUGUGAGGACUGUCAGAAUGAAGCCGCGGUGGAGCGGCCACAUGACCGACAGGAGAGUGAGGAAGCUGUGACCUCGCAAACGAUGGACGGCCAAAAGGACCAGGCUCAAGCGAAAUCUGAGGACGGUGGUCGCGAGCGGACAGUUGACGUUAUUAUUCAUGAUGCGCCUGACGUGCCUAGGUUCUUCCAGUCGGUGACGUCACCGCCUUGCCACGUCAUAACGCCGCCGCCGCCCGGCUUCGUGAUCGCCCCGUACCAGCCGCCGCGCUUCCACACUGGGGGCAACGUAGAUGAGUUGCUCGGGGACGUGCAAGCCGCCCCCGCCAUACACACCACCUUCAUACAGCAAAACUCGGUCUUCAUGUGCAACACCAGGCAGAUAUUGCAGAGGCAGUGCUGCUGCCAGAAAGAGAGCCCGACCGCCAAGCAGGAGCGGCAGCAGACGGCCGAAGGGCAGCCGCCGAAAUCAUACGUCACCGAGAAGAACAUCGAACUGACAUACGACUAUCCGAGAUCGACGCCCGUGAAGAACAGCCCGAGCCCGAAAUCCAGUGAGGAGUUGACGACUACAACGGAGGUCGCCAGCACCGUCGUGUUCGUGGAGAGACGGAUCCCGGUGAAGCCGAAGAAGUUCGACUUCUUCUUCCGCUCGCGCUCGGCCCCCGUCGGGGAACACGAGGAGCCGAUAUACGCAACGGUCAACAAGCUUCCGAAGAGGCUGCGCCGCAUGGAGUUGGCGAAUCUCGAGAGGGAGGUGGCGUAUAAGGCGGGCGAGCCGGACUCGUCUGUUAGGACGGAAAUGACGCUGAAAACGGACUCGGAAUCGCAAGCGCCGCCGCCUGAUGACGACACGAGCCGAUCGGAAAGGGACAAGUCGACGGUGCCGCAGCGGCAGGAGUCGCCGAAGGCCAAAAAGCGGAAGCGCUUCUCGCUGACCUUCAAGAAAAGGGAGAGGAAACGGAGGGACAAGAAAAAGGAGGCCAAGAACGGGGCACCGAAGAACGGCGUGCCGGUUCAAGUGGAGAGCGAUAAUGAAAGGCUUAUUGAGGGGGAGGCGCAAGAAGCUGGGAAGCACAGACACUGCAACCGCCACCGGCCGCGUAACACUCUCUCCUCUUCCAGCUCUGGCCCGCGAUAUAAGCGGGACAGCUAUCAGGAGAUGACGACCUCCCACUCGGAGCACGAGCGCACAAACAGCGUGUGCUCCUCGAUGAACUCGCUCGGGUCUGCGUGCACGCACAAAUCGAGGAAGCUCUCCGCCGCGCCGCAAGACGGCUCCAUACCCUGGUGCGGCUGUUGGGGCGCGGGCUGCGUC